CCUCAGCAGAGAGAUCAUCCAGAAAUGAACAAUGGCGCAAGGGCCCCUGGGCUUUGCCUGGUUGCUUGGAGGGCUGCUGCUGUUUCUGACAGUGGCAAUGGCAGAACACUCCCCCUGGGAUUUGAAGAGCAAGGCAACUGUAUUUGCAGACCUGAGUCCAGAAGAGCUACGGGUUGUACAGAGUUUCCUCUGGGCCAAAAAAGAUCUGAAGCUAGCAUCCUCUAAGACUGGUAUUAUGGCCAAGAAUUCUGUAUUCCUCAUUGAAAUGCUGAUGCCCAAGAAGCACCAGGUGUUGAAAUUUUUGGACGAAGGAGGAAGUCGUCCUGUGCGAGAGGCUCGAGCUGUCAUUUUCUUUGGAGCCCAGGAACAUCCCAAUAUCACUGAGUUUGCAGUGGGACCCCUGCCUUGGCCCACUUACAUGAGAGUGCUCCCCCCCAGGCCUGGGCAUAAUCCUUCCUGGGGAUCAAGACCCAUUUCAUCUGCUGAAUAUGAUCUUCUGUAUCAUACCUUAAUGUAUGCCAUCAAACCCUUAUCUCAUUUCCUCCAGGAUACCAAAAGCUUCUGGCUCCCUAAUUGCACUGACCACUGUCUGACCUUCACUGACGUGGCCCCCAGAGGUUUGGCCUCUGGCCAGCGCCGCUCUUGGUUUAUUAUGCAGCGCUUUGUAGAAGGCCACUUCUUACAUCCCACAGGGUUGGAGCUCCUGUUGAACCAUGAGAGUUCAGAUCCCCAAGAAUGGCAGGUUGAACGAGUCUGGUACAAUGGGAAAUUCUAUGAGAGCACAAAAGACUUGGCAGAGAAGUAUGAGGAAGGGAAGGUUGACAUGGUGAUCCUUGAAGACCUCCCUCCUAAGGGAGAGAUGGGAGGGGGUACAGAGGAACAUCCCCUCUUUUCCUCCUACCAACCCCGAGGUGACUUCCCUACUCCCACUGCUAUGUCUGGUCCCCACCUGGUUGAGCCCCAGGGUCCACGCUACCAAUUGGAGGGCAAUGCCGUGCUAUAUGGGGGGUGGAGCUUUGCCUUUCGAGUGCGUACCUCCACUGGGCUACAGAUUCUGAACCUGCGUUUUGGGGGUGAACAUAUUGCCUAUGAGGUGAGUGUGCAAGAUGCAGUGGCCCUAUAUGGGGGCCACACACCUGCCGGUAUGCAAACUAAAUAUAUAGAUGGAGGCUGGGGCCUGGGCAGUGUCACUCACGAGCUGGCACCUGGCACAGAUUGCCCCAAGACAGCCACUUUCCUGGAUGCCCACCACUUCUACGAUUCCGAUGCCCCAACCCACUAUCCCAAUGCCCUCUGCAUAUUUGAGAUGCCCACAGAGGUGCCCCUCCGACGCCAUUUUGACUCCAACUUCAGUGGCGGCUUCAACUUCUACGCGGGACUCGAGGACUAUGUGCUGGUCCUUCGGACGACCUCAACCGUCUACAACUAUGACUACAUAUGGGACUUUGUCUUCCACCACAAUGGGGUGAUGGAGGUCAAGAUGCAUGCUACAGGCUAUGUCCACGCCACCUUCUUCACACCUGAAGGGCUGCGCCAUGGAACCCGCCUCCAUACUCACCUGCUGGGCAACAUGCACACUCAUUUAGUACACUACCGUGUUGACUUGGAUGUAGCAGGCACCAAGAAUGGCUUUGAGACCAUGGGGAUGAAGCUGGAGAACAUUACCAACCCCUGGAGCCCCAGGCACCACAUGGUGCAGCCGGUUCUGGAAAGAAUACAGCACCACCGGGAACGCCAAGCAGCCUUCCGCUUUGGCCGGAAGCUACCCAAGUUCCUGCUGUUCACCAGCCCCAAGAAGAACGCCUGGGGUCAUAGUCGUAGCUACCGGAUACAAAUCCAUUCCAUGGCUGACCAAGUGCUCCCUCCUGGCUGGCAAGAAGAACAAGCAGUCACUUGGGCCAGGUACCCUUUGGCAGUGACCAAAUACCGGGAGUCUGAGCUGAUUAGCAGCAGCAUCUACAACCAAAAUGAUCCCUGGGAUCCACCUGUGGUUUUUGAAGAAUUUCUACGCAACAAUGAGAACAUUGAGAAUGAGGACCUGGUAGCCUGGGUAACGGUGGGUUUCCUCCACAUUCCACACUCGGAGGACAUCCCUAACACAGCCACACCUGGCAACUCUGUGGGCUUCCUGCUCCGUCCUUUCAACUUCUUCUCUGAGGACCCAUCUCUGGCUUCCCGAGGGACUAUCAUUGUGCGGCCUCAAGCCAAAAGACCUAACCACAUCCAGCGUUGGACCCCAGAUAAUGUGGGAGACUGUUGGAAAGCUUCCUCAUUCAAGUACAAUGGCACCUACAGGCCUGUGUAAUGGGGUCUCUCAUCUUCCACAUGGAAUCCUAAGCCUCUUACUAUAUCUGUCA